AUGAAGGAGAGACAGUCACCGAAAAGCAGAAAUUCUAUUGCUUACCUCUCAGAAGGGUUAAUAAACUAUAAAAAAAUAUCUAUCUAUCUAUCUAUCUAUCUAUCUAUCUAUCUCGACCGUUCUAUUUCUAUAAGUCCAUCACAACAUACUUUCCAUUCCUCCUUCCAAUUCCACCAGAUAGACAACAUCACUUUCAAUCACCAUUCCUCCUUCCAAUUCCACCAGAUAGACAACAUCACUUUCAAUCACCAUUCCUCCUUCCAAUUCCACCAGAUAGACAACAUCACUUUCAAUCACCAUUCCUCCUUCCAAUUCCACCAGAUAGACAACAUCACUUUCAAUCACCAUUCCUCCUUCCAAUUCCACCAGAUAGACAACAUCACUUUCAAUCACCAUUCCUCCUUCCAAUUCCACCAGAUAGACAACAUCACUUUCAAUCACCAUUCCUCCUUCCAAUUCCACCAGAUAGACAACAUCACUUUCAAUCACCAUUCCUCCUUCCAAUUCCACCAGAUAGACAACAUCUUUCAAUCACCAUUCCUCCUUCCAAUUCCACCAGAUAGACAACAUCACUUUCAAUCACCAUUCCUCCUUCCAAUUCCACCAGAUAGACAACAUCACUUUCAAACAAUUCAUCACUUUCAAUCACCAUUCCUCCUUCCAAUUCCACCAGAUAGACAACAUCACUUUCAAUCACCAUUCCUUCCAAUUCCACCAGAUAGACAACAUCAACAAUCCAUUCCUUUCAAUUCACCAGAUAGACAACAUCACUUUCCAAUCACCAUUUCCUUCCAAUUCCACCAGAUAGACAACAUCACUUUCAAUCACCAUUCCUCCUUCCAAUUCCACCAGAUAGACAACAUCACUUUCAAUCACCAUUCCUCCUUCCAAUUCCACCAGAUAGACAACAUCACUUUCAAUCACCAUUCCUCCUUCCAAUUCCACCAGAUACAACAACUUUCAAUCACCAUUCUCCUUCCAAUUCCACCAGAUAGAGACUUCACUUUCAAUCACCAUUCCUCCUUCCAAUUCCACCAGAUAGACAACAUCACUUUCAAUCACCAUUCCUCCCUUCCAAUUCCACCAGAUAGACAACAUCACUUUCAAUCACCAUUCCUCCUUCCAAUUCCACCAGAUAGACAACAUCACUUUUCAAUCACCAUUCCUCCUUCCAAUUCCACCAGAUAG